AUGAUAAAAAAGAUUUCCGUGGACCCAAAGAUGGAAAAUCAGAUGUCCCAGUUGGAAAUAUUCGCCAAGAUGAAGUUGGAAGAGAAAGGAACUAGUCAGUUGUAUUUUCUCAUGAAAACCCCCAAAAAGGGGGCCAAAAGGGCAAGAAGAACAUAUGAAGUUGCGGAUCAACCCAAUAAAGCUUGCCUGAUCAACAAGCCAGAAUUGAAGUCGAUUAUUGGAGAGUCGGUGAGGGUUGUUGCAAAACCGCACAGGAUUGUUGAAAGAAUCCAAUGA